AUGAGACAUAUAUAUGAUGAACCAUUAAGAAUUCAUUUAACGGCAAAUUUUACAAUCAAUUUAAUUCAAUUUAUUUCAAUGAUAUUUUAUCAAAAAAUUCCAUAUUGGAGUGGUGAUAACUAUUUGUUUAUGGGUAAUAGAAUAAUUUAUCAAUUAUAUCCAAUAUUAUUUUUUGGCCCUAUAAUAUCAUCUGUUUUUGGAAAUAUUAUUAUUAUUUUUAAUAGAUUUUUUGGCAUUAUGUAUCCUUUAAUUUAUAAAAAUAAAUGGAAUGUUAAUGUAUGUUAUACUAUUAUUGUAUUUCAAAUAUUAUUUCCAAUUUGUUUAUAUCCAUAUACAUUUACGACAAAUGUUAUAUUAAUAACUGAUUCAUUAUUAAAUAAAAAAUUUUUUGAUAUGGAAGAUCAAUUUUCAAGAAUUGCUUCCAAUAUUACAUUAUGUAUUGUUGUUAUUUUAUCAACAAUAAUUUCACUUAUUCUUAAUUUAAUAAUAUGGAUGAGAUAUAAAAAAUUUUUUGAAGCAAAAGUAAAAGUUCAAGAUAUUGUUCAAAAAUUUUCUUAUUUUAUUUAUACAAUUAUUUUAAAUAUAAGUUUAUUUAUUUUUACCAUUCAACAAUUUAUAAGAUUUGAAUCAAUUUUUAAUAAUGAUCAAAGUCAAAGAAAUUAUCUUAGUUUAUGGAUUUAUUAUAUGUUACCAUUUAUAACAUCAUUUCAACCUUUCUAUUUAAUGUUAUGUUCAAAAUCUUUAAGAAAUGACAUUUUACAUUUACUUGGAAUUACUUUUUUUGUUCAAAAUUAUUUACCAAAAUCAUUUUUUAACAAAAGUGUAACAGUUAACAGAACUAUACCAAAUAAAAAAUGGAUACCUUCAACAUAA